AUGAAUAUCGAACGCUUCGUCGCGGAUAAACGGGGAUUGGUGGGCCCGGUAAGUAGUUUUUGUCCCCCUUCCUCCAGCUCCGAGGCGCAGGGAUCUGUGCUGUGCUGAGGCUGAGCUGAAUGAGAUUGAAGAAGAGUUCUUCUUGUUUUGUAGCUUCAGUUUCUCUGUUUUUACACAAAUUUACUCAAACUAAAUAUAAAAUACAGCAACAAAAUAAAGCUCGGCGGGCAGCAGCGGGCCGGACUGUUUAUCUGCUGUUAUUCCACCGUGGAUCGGCUUCUUAUAGAUAUAUAUUUAAUUAAUCUAGAGGAGGACUGCUGCUGAGUAAGUGCACAUUGGGCUUUUUAAUUUCAUAACUUUAAUUUUCUCUCUUGUUGUCAAAGUUGAGCUGUGUGCGGCGGCCGGGGGGCUGUAUCCGUGUGUCUGUGUGUGUUUGCGGGCAGGUGUGUGAGCUGUUUGCCGGUGUUGUUGUGUGCAGCAGCUCGUCUCCUCUCCGUGUGUGUUUUUCGGUGUGUUUAGCUGCUCUCUGUGUUUCUUAUUCUAGGAGUUGAUAUUCUGGAGGACAAGGGGCCGAUAUACAACUUAGACCCACCAACGCCUGCCUGCCUGCUCGCUGUCACAAAUUAGAAAGAUGGCGUCUUUUGGGACACUUCCUGAGCGAUUUUCUUUGAUUUCCACGCUGGUUUUCUUUCACGUUAGCGACGUUAUUAUCGAUCUUUGAUCUAAGUUAUUAUCAGCGUGGCUGAAGCUGAAGCUGCUGCUGCUGCUCGGAGCGUUAGCCGGAGCGAGCUAACAGGAUGGUUAGCAUUAGCCGCUGCAGCUAACGUUUAUCCACUUGUUCUGUGGGAACAUUUCUCGGCGUCUCACGGACUCAUGUCGGCGGUGAGGCGGGCUUUCGUGAUUUUAGCAACACCGAGAAACACUCCACAGCCCCGACGAACGGUGUUUUUUCACCGUGUUUCGACCCCCCCACGACAGGGCAGCCGCGGCGGGUUUAGACGGGGAGGUUGGACAUCCACAGUGAGCGCCAUGGUGGUUUAAUAAGAAGAAGAAGACGGUUAUAAAACAUUUAUUUCACCGCCGACACACACACACACACUCACUCUCACGCUAAAAUAAGAGUUUUCAGUGUUUCUGAGAAGCUCCUGGCGGCUCCCGUCUCUGUAAACCUCCAUUUUAGCUCAGUUUCUCUCGGUUUCGGGGCCUCUGCGACGGCAUGUGAUGCUGAUGGAAGUUUAUCCAGACAACUUCAUGUCCCACCCAGGGAGCAAUUACUUCAAUUAACCGGCAGCAGCGUGUGCUCAGAGCCGGGCCGCGGGGGUACGGGAGCGGGGCGGCCAGGGGCUCCGGGAUACUACUACUACUACUACUGCUACUGCUGUUUUUAUACACGAGUACACAGGGUUAUGUAUCAGGCUUCACUCCAUCCUCAUCCUCUUCAUCAGGGACACAUGGAGUUAGUCACAGAGGUCAGGCAUCAUAUAACCUGUUUACAUCACUGCUUCUGUACUGAGGGGGAAACUACUUUAACACAAACACUAUUAAAGCUCCUGUGAGGAGUUUUUGACUGGGUAUAAAACAAACUCAAAUUAACUUUAAUGCUUGUCUGUGACCACCAAUCAGUACGUUUACAUGACACUCGAGAAAACCGAAUUAUCGCCUUAUUCCGAUUAAGACCGAACAACUGAAGUUCAUGUAAACAUCUUAGUCCGACUAUAAUCAGAGGUUGAGAACUCGGAUUGGAGUCGGAGAACUCCGAACUCUGAGGGACGAAGUUUAAAAGUCAUUUAAGGGUUAAAAUGAUCGGAAAUGAAACUGAUUUUUAUGGUUUUCAGAUGAUUUCAAACCAACUAUGUCCAACAGGUUAGUCACAUGACUCUGGAGUGGAAAUCUCCGCAUGGAAAGGACAGCUGGACUUAGUCGAGACGUUUCGCCUUUCAAGGAAGAAUUAGAAAUCGUUCAGUCCGUUUCCAUGACACUUGAGAAAACUGAAUUAUCGCCUUAUUCCGAUUAAAGCUCCUUUCACACAAUAUUUUUUUCGAACCCGUAUCCUGUCAAUACAAGCGUUCACAUCAGCGACGUUUUCCCGUCCUGCGAUAUUGCGGCAUUUAUUUUUUUGUAUCACAGUCGAUUUUUCUAAAGUUUCUCAUACUGUGUGUCCACUUCUGACCAAUCAGAUCUCGUGUUGUUGUGACGUCAGAUUCACCGUUAUAUCCAACAUGGCCGACCGGCUGAUUGUUUACGUGUCGGAGAACAGAGUGACUUUUAAAAAAAAAGACACAAACAAGAUUUCUGAUUUCUCAUCUGACGAUGGUUUGUGAGUUUUAACAGUUUGAUAAACGUCUUUGUUUGAACUUUCAUCUGCGCUAACGUAAGCUAACGGUUGUUAGCAUAGUUUCAUGUGUUUAUCUUGUCGCCUUUGAUUGGCUAUAAGUGCUGACCGUUUGGCUUGAGCGUGUGAUGACGUUUCCAGCUUUUCUAGCCAAUCAGAUGGGAAGGAGGCGGGACUUUCCCAGGGAAAAUAUUUUGUAUUUUCGUGUUCUAUAUUCACAUCGGCCCCGGUGUGUGAGAACCUUCAUUCUGAUUAAGACCGGACAACUGAAGGUCAUGUAAACACUUUAGUCCGACUAUAAUCGCAGUUUGAGAACUCAGAUUAAGACACCCAGAUAAUGAGAUUGAAAGUCGAUUUUCUCUACCAUGUAACCAGCGUAGUCGGAGUAUGACGCCACGUCCCUGUAACCCUGUAUCAAAAACCCCAGAGUAGAGGAGUAGCGUUGGUCUCAUCUUUAGAAAAGGUAGUAGAGGAGGACACGUUCACGUCAAUAAUUUGAUUUUCUCAGCUGCAUGUAAAGGAGGACAAGGAGAGAAGUCUGAUUCAGAGAAAAAGACGAAUUAUGAGGUUAUAGUCCGAUUAAACUGUGACUGUAAACGUACUGAGUGACCACCGCUGUGUUGUUGUUUGAAUGUCUGUAGUUACUGAGGUUCACCUGGAAAACAGCCUCUGUGAUCUUUUCCACCACCAUUAUUGACAUUGAAGAAUAAAUUCACAAACAUGUGACAAUAUCAACAACACAGGAAGGGUCGCCACGUGGUCAACAGGGGACGCCCAAAUCCUCACAGGAGCUUUAAAGCUUCUCUAGAAAGUUUUAAGCUGAUGAUGGAGAAAACUGAAACUGAUGUUGAUGUCUUUGGUGACCCUAAAAAAGCCAAACUAGACUAUAAAUAAGACGAGUUACUGUCUUGAUAUGGUGAGUUUAAACAUCUGAACCAGUGGUGAGGGUUGGUGCUUAACAAAGGGAUGAACCGCUGCUCUGAAAACUGUCUUCGAUGGCAAAGAGUUCAGAUAUUUGAGUGUGUAAUGAAAAGGGGGAAGGUUUUUUAGUUAUGAAAAAUGACAUUUACAUAGAGACAAACAUCAGCACAGUCUGCUUCGUCAUCAGGGAGAACCAAAACACUGAGAGAAAGUUCCUGACAGGAGCUUUAAAGUUGAUGCAGGGAGUUUUUAGUUGAUGUGAAAAAAGGAAAAUGACUAUGAAAGUCUGUGUGACCCUAAAAAAGGAAAACGAGAUCAUAUAUAAGAGAAGGGGGUGUUGAGGUGGAGUCACAUUUAACAUCUGUAACCAGUGGUGGGGGGUAGGUGGCAAACACAGGGAUGAACUGCUGCUCUUUAUUAUGGCAAACAAUUCUCCAGUUUGAUCCUUUAAUACUUCUACACGUUCAAUCAGCAAACUCCGCUUCGUCCACAGGGGGCGCCACAGUUAACUCAAGUAUAAUUCCCUCACAGGAGCUUUAAGUUGGAAGCCUUUGCUUCUUUGUAUUCCUAUAUUUUCUGUUUCUUUGUUGCUAUGGGCUGGUAGGUCUACAGUGAAGUACUGUUAUUAUUUUUACUUACAUCACUUUGAUCAGACUGUGACCCAGAAAACUCCGUAAAUUAAACCUCACUACUUUGAACAGUUUCUCUCGUUCUCUGAAAAGCUGUAAAAUCUUCUCAGGGAUCAUAUCUGUCUGAAGCGUUUGGCGCCCCCUGUUGACCAAGUGUUACGUCCUCUAUUUGAACUGAUGUUGUACAGACAGUGUGUUAAUGUUGGCUAACUCCGGAUCAGAACUCUGUGCUCUAGAAAUUAAAGAUGUCCUUCUGUUUGGGUGAUUCGCACUUUAUCAAAGUAACCGUCUCCUGCCCCCUGCUGGCAGUGUUGGACCUCUACAGAGAACUGAGUUUGCUUUUGUGGGUCACACGGAGACGUUGGUGUUGAUUUCAGGCUGUGAAAAACUCCUGACUGGAGCUUUAACUCAGACAGUUCUCAUCCUUCUGCUUCGAUUUGAAACUUGUUAUGAUAACAACAACCUCUUUGUUUACUCCUAAACAUCACUGUAUUCACCAUAUACAGGAGUACCUCCAUUGGAAGUACUUAGAGUAACUCUGGAUACUUAGAAUGAUAAUACUUAUAGAGUUUUGGUCCAAAUACUAGAAACACAGAGAUGUGUUUGUGUUUUUGUACUUUGAUUACACCGACUACAGAAUGAAAAAUGCAUUCUUAAUUUUUUUUAUUCAACUCUCACUAUAUAUUAAAGUACUUUUACUGCAGUAACAUAGAUAUACUGCGGUCCUUGUAGUAUUUGGCUCUUUCUUUAUACAGAAACUAUAGAAUGAAGCUGAAAUAGAUGAUUAGAAAUUAAAAAACAUUUAAGUUUGUAAAGUAAAACCACCUAAUGUUGACCGGGUACAUUCCUGCAAAGUAACAAACAGGUUGAAGUACUUUCAGCUAAUUUUGGAUACUUUAAAUACAUGAAAAUAUAACUGAAUAAAGCUGUUAAUAUAUAAACUAUAACACUGAAGUUAAUCUGUACUUAAACUGUGAUACUGUAUCUACUUUAAUCUCACACUUAUAAAUUCAGAUUUGUAAUCUAACUUCUGUAGUUCACUGUAUUUUACUGUAUUUUACUGUAAUACUUCAACUGCAUUAAGCUGCUUAUUCACACAACAACAAAUGAAAACACUUUGACCAAACUACAUGUAGCUGCACUACAGGAAAGCAUAGAUGAUACAGUAAAUGUGUACUUUUUAUGAUUAAUAAGGCUGGUAUUAGAAAUCUGGAGUGUCAGUCUUUAAAAGAACUGGCUCAGUCGCCCCUAAAAUCUCCUUAAAACUGGGUCAAACUGAAGUACGAGGUUCCUGCUGCACAGUCAGAACCAGAACCGAGUCAGUUUAGGAGAAAUCAUCAUUAAAGGUCGAUAAACCAACAGCACCAGACCGGCUCCAAUAACCGAAUAAACCCCAAACUUAACCUGUUAGUUUGAGAGUUAAAAGAGUUUUAAAGUUUUUAAAACAGGUUUGAGUUUUCAAAACUUGAUUCAAAAGUUUUCAGACACUAAAAAUAAGAGAUCCAAACUAAGAGUCACGAGUUAGUCCUCCGUCUCUGUCAGCAGGUGUCAGUCUGUCAGUGUCCUGACGCUCAUCUCUGAGUCAUGGCGUCUUCGUUUCAGUCGAUUCUCUCAGAUUAUUGAGUCACUUCUCUGAAACGAGCGCUGUAGUAAUGUACAAAUUUAGAAAAUAGAAACCUGGAGUCUGGGUUUAAAGGAAUCAAAAGUGACCAAAGCUUAAAAAAGAGAAUUCAUGAUGUUAGAGUUUGUCUCAGUUUAGCCCUGAGCUUAAGGUUUUUUAAGUUUUGGUUCACAUUCAUGAAACUUGGUCAAUUAAAACAUUUUAAAUGUGGAGAAAAAGUCUUGAAGUCAAAAUACCCAGAAUCACAAAUCCAGAGAAAAAGUGACCAAAAGAUCAGAGUGACUCAAUAAAACAGUUAGUCGUCUAAAUAUGUGCAGAUAAACGUGGUUUACCAACUUAAAAUCAGCUGAAACAGAAAAGAAGAGUUUCAUUGGAGUUUACAAAGUCAUCAAAAAUAGAGAUGCAUUCAAGUUCAGCUCAAAACCUUGGAAAAAAGAGCGCUUAUAUCUCCAUGAGUAACACUAAUAAAAUCGAUAAAUCAGACUUUAAAACAGCCCUGAACUUUACCUGAGAGAGUUAGUGCAGCUUUCACGUCACAGAGGGAAGAGUUAAACUUUACAGAAAUAUGACUGAAACAAAUGAAGAGAGUUAAAACAACUAAAGAGAGUAAAAAUAACAAAAGAGAGUUAAAACAACUAAAGUUAAAACACUGAAGAAAGUUAAAAUAACUAAAGUUAAAAUAACAAAAGAGAGUUAAAACAAUGAGAGUUAAAACAACUAAAGAGAGUUAAAAUAACUAAAGAGAGUUAAAAUAACAAACGAGAGUUAAAACAACUAAAGAGAGUUAAAAUAACAAACGAGAGUUAAAACAACUCAAGAGAGUUAAAAUAACUAAAGAGAGUUAAAAUAACAAACGAGAGUUAAAACAACUAAAGAGAGUUAAAACAACUAAGAGAGUUAAAACAACUAAAGUUAAAACAACUAAAGAGAGUUAAAACAACUAAAGAGAGUUAAAACAACUAAAGAGAGUUAAAAUAAUAAAAGAGAGUUAAAACAACUAAAGAGAGUUAAAAUAAUAAAAGAGAGUUAAAACAACUAAAGAGAGUUAAAAUAACUAAAGAGAGUUAAAAUAACAAACGAGAGUUAAAUCAACUAAAGAGAGUUAAAAUAACAAACGAGAGUUAAAACAACUCAAGAGAGUUAAAAUAACAAGAGUUAAAACAACUAAAGAGAGUUAAAACACUGAAGAGAGUUAAAAUAACAAAAGAGAGUUAAAACAAUGAGAGUUAAACAACUAAAGAGAGUUAAAAUAACUAAAGAGAGUUAAAACAACUAAAGUUAAAACACUGAAGAGAGUUAAAACAAUGAGAGUUAAAUAACUAAAGAGAGUUAAAAUGACUGAAGGGAGUUAAAAAUGAGACUGAAGAGAAGGUCAUGAAUCUUAUCUCCAUGAUAGACUCGGGUCUGUGAAUCUGUUUUAGUGUGUGUGUGUGUGUGUGUGUGUGUGUGUGUUCAGGGUAGUUUUCACUAGUUUUCUUUGUAACAGUGUGUUUGUUUGUUGUGUGUUUCAGGGCAGCACAGAGGGGUGGAGUCCAGUCCCACAGCCAGGUGGUGAGUCCUGUCACAUGAUUCGCUCAAACAGAAACACAGUAAACUCAGUAAUUGUAAAGUGUUAAUGUGAUACAGUAAAUUACUGCCAUAAAUAAUAAAUAAAAAGUUAAAUAAAAAGAAAAGUUCAAACUAGAAAGAAGUUUGAUUUAAGUACAGAUUUAUACAGAGACCUGAAAGUCCUUCUGAUGUCUGGUUUAAGAGAGAAGAACGCUUCAGUUAUGAUGAUAAUGUAGGAAAAUAAGACACCAAACAACAACAACAACAGGAUCCUGAUGGGUUUUUACUGUUUUAAUGUUUACGGUAAUAGAUGAGGUUAGUAUGAUUCUAUUUUCAUACGUCUAAAUACUCAUAAAAGCAGGACUACAAACAUUUUCAGCGUCUGAAUGACCUUCAUAGUUAUAUCUGUGUCCACCACAUGUGAAGACUUCUAUCUACAAAUAGAGAUUACAAGUAAAUAUAAAUGAGGGUACAUAUAUGAGUAUAAGUAUAAAGUAUAUGAUUCAUAUAUCAGUAUAAAUGAAGAUCACAGACACUCUCAGGUUUAUACUUUUGGUUCUUGUGGAGUGUGUCCAUGUUCCCCCCAGUAAAACCUCAUGUCUGUUGUGUGUGUGUGUGUGUGUGUGUGUGUGUGUGUGUGUGUGUGUGUGUGUGUGUGUGUGUGUGUGUGUGUGUGUGUGUGUGUGUGUGUGUGUGUGUGUGUGUGUGUUUCUCUCAGCGGCACUUUAAUGCUUCAGGUGGAUGGUUUUCCUACUGGAGACGGUGUUAAGGUAAAAAAAAAAACAACCUCUGAUGAUCCCAGCUGUUCAUUAUGAAGACUGAACCUGCUAACACUGAGUCUACAGCUCUGAGGACACUUUCUGUGACCUUGUAUGACCUUCACAUGAACGUAGCAGCAUCACACAAGGAUGUCCUUAUAUGGGUGUACCUCGUGUUGCCAUGACAACAGCAGGGAGUGCCGGUGUUGCUGAUUUCUAUUGAACUAGCUGUUUAGGACUCUUAACCUGUAUUUCUGUUUGUUUGUGUGUGUGUGAGCAGGCUGAUCGAUCGGCUGGCAGACUGACUGGAUCCAUGAUGGAAUUACAGACGUUACAGGAGGCCCUGAAGGUGGAGAUCCAGAUCCAUCAGGUACACCAGCAGAAGUUUGAGUGCAGCAGCUCACAGCAGGACAGAAGUUCAGUUUUUCGGCUCAGAGUGUGACUGAACCACAAACUGCUCUGAAAUCUCUGAUCUAUUCAAAGCCACCAAACUCCAUGUGAAAAACAGUGAUUUUUACCUCACAGGACGUCAUAGGAGUCAGAGGGCAGCGGCUGUCGUGAGAGUUGAGUGUGUUUGUGUCAGUGUGUGUUACACAAGUAUUGUGUUGGAUUGAAAGUAACCGUUACACUCAUUAAAGUCACACAAUAACUCAAACAAACUCACUUAACAAAGCAGCAACAAACCUGAGACUGCCACUUUCUUCAAGGUAAAUUGACCGUUUUGUGAAUGAGGUUUGGUGGCUUCAGGAUAGAGCACUUGAAGAAAAGUUUCUGGUUUAAAAAAUCAUCUUUCUCAGAAAAAUAGGAGGUUUUCUCUCUGUUGUGAUCCUGUCUGUGAUGUUGUCAGACUCUGAGGAUGGUAAUCUGGGCCAGAACUUCUGUUGGACUUCUGCACACGAGGGUCACAAUGCAGAUUAUUUUGAAGCAGUGUUCUGAAUCCGCCGCUUUAGACCCCAAAUAUGUUCAGAAAUUAAAAACAUGUGAAUCAGAACAACUUUAUAUCAAACAACAUAAAGUUCCACUCCCAGUAACAUGUGACAGGAUAAGAUCGCAGCAACAAAAGGCCGAUCAACGACGCACCGUAAAAACACUUCGAAUGGACCUGUUUUAGUGCAUCAUAGACUCCUUUAUAAAGCCGUAUAUCUGCGUCAAUAAUGACUCUUAUUAGGGAUAAUGAGCAUUUAGAACAGCUAAUAUGAAUGAGUUUACUGCUUUAUAAAGUUUAUAUGGUUUAUAAUGUAUCAUACUUUAUCUUUUUACAACUUUACCCCGUCAGGAAAAUGUCUGAUGAAGACUGAGAAGAUAAGAUAUAAGAUAGACCUUUAUCUUUAUUAGUCCAACAGGAGGAAAUUCUAAAACACACAAAGUCAAUAAAAGAAAUCAACAUUUAGCCUGAUAUAAUUAAGUUUUUGUGAAUAUAUCUCAAUCAUCUGUUUAAUACAAACACGAUUAUUGUUUAUAAAAGUAUUUUGUCGUUUACGCACUAGAAAGACGACGUCAAAGGUUAAAACACAAUAGAUAUUUAAAGAAUCAGAACUUAAAGCUCCUGUGAGGAGUUUUUUUGAAUGCUUUUAAAUCAACUCAAUUUAAUUUCUCGAACACGUUCAGGUCCGACUCAGAGCUCUGACUGAGGUCAUGAACAACAAUAUGAUCCUAUUACAUACACAGUUAUUAUGACUGUAAUUAAAGAGGGAGACACCAACAGGGUUUAUUAUGAGACUGGAUCUGCUGUCAGGGGUCCAUCAGUCUGGUCCUGGUCCAGGUUUCUGCCUGUUAAAGGAAGUUUGGUGAAGUGUUUCCCUCCUGUGGUUGAGGACGGGGUGGGAGGGGGUCUGAUCCUCCAGGAUGGGGAUCAGUCUGAUCCAGACUUUACGUUAGGUCUUUGGUCUUAAAGUUCUUUAUGUGCCAAAAUCAGAGUUUGUAAAUGAAGUCUAAACCAUGUCUGAGUUGAAGUUUGCAGCAGCCUGCUGCUCGUAGUACCUCUCUGUGACCACCAGGGGUCCCUGUGAUUAUCCUGACUCGUGUCCUCAUGUCCUCUACAGAAACUGGUUGCCCAGAUGAAGCAGGACCCUCAGGUAAACCCUGACGCUCUCUGUGCUUGAACCACACCUGUACCUGAGUCUACACACACACACACGCAAACACACACACACACACACACACACACACACACACCAGAACCGAGAGUUGGUCUUAAACUCUUUUCUUUGUUGUUUUCAGAACGCAGAUCUGAAGAAGCAGCUCCACGAACUACAAGCCAAGAUCACAGCGCUGAGCGAGAAGCAGGUACAGAGAACCACACACAGACACACACACAGACACACAGACACACACACACACACACACACACACAGACACACACACACACACACACACAGACACACACACACACACACAGACACAGGCGUCUUUUCUUCUUCGUGGAGGAUGUUAGAGAGCGUAAACUGAGCAGUUAAAGGAUCACUGAGAGGUUUUUUUUGUUAAUCUCGUCAUCACUGUUCUGUCCGCGCCGACCUCGAAUGCGUCGCUCCUUAAAGGGACUUUAGUCUGAGAGGUGGAGGAGAGGAUCCUGGGACUGGUUUCUGUCAGAGCGGCUCCUCACAUCUGGACGGUUUUGUCUCUGUGACGGUUUCGGACUCUGAGGACGGUCCGUCUGGUUUCUGUCAGCUGCUGUUUUUCCUCUGCUGUCCGGCUGAUUGAUCCGUUUCUGACCCUGGUUCUGUUUCUAUCAGCAGCAGGUCUGGCAUCAAUAACAGACUCUGUGGAUUCUGGUUUUAAAGUCCCGCUCAGUCCUGAUCGGAGUUCUGACCCGGUCUAGUAAACGCUGGUACUUUGACACAGUAUUGAUGAUAUAAACUUUAUUUUUGUGUCGUUUUCCUUUAAUCGACUUUGAUCGAUUUGCUCUGACUCCAGGCGGCGUGGUCCUGAGCAGGGUCACCGCGUUUUUACUGCAGAUUUGGAGCCGCCGUCGUUAAACCGGUUAAACCAGCGUGUUUGUGUGGAGACGUCGGCUCGUUUGUUCUGAUUUUUUUUUGUCUUUAUUUUUAACCACUUUGAGCGGGCCUCCUAUUUUUAUCUGCUGACUCUGCUUUAAUGUCGCCCUGUGAAAGUCUUUGAACGUCCUCCUGAGAGAGACGAGAAGAAGAACUCGAGUCUCCUUCAGAGAGAGAGAGAGAGAGAGAGAGAGAGAGAGAGAGAGAGAGGAGAGAGAGGAGAGAGAGAGAGAGAGAGAGAGAGAGAGAGAGAGAGAGAGAGAGAGAGAGAGAGAGAGAGAGAGAGAGAGAGAGAGAGAGAGAGAGAGUUUGUUGACCUGCACACCUGUCUGACCGUCAGUCUGAGGGCGUUGGCUCCACCCACAGACCUAACACGGCGGUUCCUCCCUGAAUUCUGCCCGCCCCUCUCUGGAGUUUUCCUGCUGAAGAUUCUUCAGUGGUUUUAAAAUCCUGUGGAGGUGAGGCGGGUUCGAGGCUCAGGAGAGGACUGACAGUAAAGAGGAGUUUUUACAUGUAGAUGAGCUUCUCCGCGGGCAAGAUCCGACCGACCCGAAACCUGCAGAGGGAUUAUUGUUGUGGGGUCACAGUGAAAGACUGAAGGAGCCCCUGAACACGGCGCAAAGGUUUACUCACUUCAAUCGGUUUGGAGGAGCAGGACUGGAUUAUCCGGAUCGGGUUCAGGCAGGAUGAAGCUUUGAGCUGCUGAUUACACCUCACCUGUCUGUACGCACACAGAGCAGCCGCCAUGUUUUUUUCUCGCUGGCGUAGACCGGCACUCACAAGACCGCUUUUAAACCGCCCAGAAGAAAGGAAUCAUUAAGAUAAAAUGUAAAAGAUGUCGAUGGAUCGAACCGUUUAGAACCGGUUCUCAACAAGAACCGGUUCUUAACAAGAACCUUCUCAGCAGCAGCAGCGUGCUAAAAAAAAAAAACACCUUCAGAGUCGAAACGACUUUAUGAGUCUGAUAAUUAAUUAAAUUAAUAUGUUCCUUUUUUUUUUAAAGUUUAUUUUUUUUGACACCGACUGUUCUCCCGCUCUGACUCCGCCUUCAUGUUUAUCUUUAUUCUCUCGGUAAAACCUGGACUUUUUUUUCUACUUCCUGUUGUGUUGUUUUGUUCCCGCUGAAGAGCGCCACACUUCUUGAUUUUUUCACCUCUUCUUUUCACCUCCUCGGCGCCGACUCUAUCUGGAAACCUCAGCAAAUAAAGCGCCUGCAUGUCGAGAUUAGAGCGGGUUAAAUAUGCACUGUGUGUUUUCUGUGAAGUGUGCGGACUGAUCCUUUAAAGACAGGCGGCGAUAAGAGCGGCGAGGGAGUGUGCGGCGUGAUAAAACGUCCCCCUGCAGCAGAUAGAGACGCACAUUAUUAACUGCAGGUCAAACUGCGCCGAGCGAGGCGAGCCGGGCCGCUCUUCAGUCCGCUCGCUCUCCUCGCCGCUCUUCAUGACGGUGUGCCACUGCAUUAACUUCCUGCUUCAGAGUCAGGUGUUGCUAGGCAACAGAUGGGCUUUACCUUAAGACUGUGGACUCUGCGUGCCGCUGUUCUCCUCACUGCUGUGAACUCCAGGGUUAUUAGAGCCAAUCAGAGCAGAGCAGAGGUUCUGACCCGAACUAAAGCAAAAGUUCUAUAUAUGUAUAAAAAUAAAGGUAAAGAAUGAAACAUUAAAAGGUGUAAGAGAGGAGCUGUUGUGGUUUUUGUCCCUGACAGACUGACAGAGAGGAUCCCUGCAGACCGAGAGCUUUAGGUUCAUGAGUAACAGCUGAUCCGUGGACAGACACACCAGACCACACUGAGCGGAGACUCCCAGGACACACACACGCACUUAUUUCCGUGUACUUCGGUGUGAUGCACAAAUAAUUUUGGGAUCUGAAUGAAAGUCAAAGUUUCAGGAGUCCAAUCAUUGCUCUUCAUUUACCCCCCCUGCAGAAAAAGGUGGUGGAGCAGCUGAGAAAGGAGCUCUUGGUGAAGCAGGAGCCGGAGGCGAAGCUGCAGCUGCACGUCCAAACUCCUCCAGUUGGUGGCGACAUCAAGCCAGCCAACCUGCUGCAGAGCCAGCAGAUACCUGGAGGACUGCAGCAGGUAGGAAACAGUUCCAGCCGCACACUCAGACUUCAGACCAAGAACAUUGUACCAAAGAGAACCUUUAAUUAACGAAGACAAAAACUAAGAGAACGUGUAAACCAGUCAAUCAUCUUUCAGUAAUAUCUCGUUAGUUGUUGAUGAGCACCUUCUGCUGUGAUGAAAUGUCUGUAAAAUGUUGUAAAGUUCUCCCAAACACCGGCGUGAGGAUCAGUUCUGUCCUGUAAUCUCUGCAGCUCUGUCUCAUGGGCUCAUUUGACCCCCCGCAGACCCUGACGGUCACGCCGGUCCUCACCACGAAGACUCUACCUCUGGUGCUGAAAGCUGCCGCAACACCCACCUUACCUGGCUCUGUCCUGCCACAACGCCCUCCCACUGUCGCCAUGGUUACCACAGCUAUCACCAAACCCGACUCACAGAACGCCCCCAUCAACCUGCAGGUGGCUAGCAAGCUGACCAAUCAGAGCUCAGAGCCCGUGCGACUCGUAUCAAAGAACGCCAUGGUGGUAAGAGCCUCCAGCCCCCCCUGCUGCCCAGUCUUGUGUCAUAACCUCCUUUAAAGUGACUUAUUGAAGAGUUUGUUGAGGUAAAACUGAGGAGAGCUAAUUCAUACUUACAGCUGUGGGUUUAAAAUUCUGCAUUCAGGGAGUUUGAAGAGUUUGAAAAAGUCCCGACUCGAAGGAAGAGAUGUUUCUCUGAUCACUGAUCUGCUCAGUCAGGCCGGGGUGUGAGUGGUGGCCUUCAGGCAGAAAAACCAACGCCAACUGCAGUUCCCAGACCAAUCAGACAAACACCUUAGUGUAAGCUGACAUGACAGUGUAGCUGCAGCCAAGUGGGCGGUGCAGCAGAGACAGACGUGACACUGAAACAGCAGCAAACUUCACAGCAUGAUGGCAGUGAGGCACAGACAGGAAGUCCAGUUUCAGACACACAGGCAGGUGAGUGUGACAGCUGUAGACCCGGGGCUGUUACACUGAUGAAGUGUUUGAUAAAGCUGCACACAUGUCAGCGUAGCAGCAGCCUACAUGUGUCAGGAUAGCAGCAGCCUACAUGUGUUCGCGUAGCAGCAGCCUACAUGUGUCAGUGUAGCAACGGUCUGCAUGUGUUCGCGUAGCAGCAGCCAACAUGUGUCAGCGUAGCAGCAGCCUACAUGUGUCAGGAUAGCAGCAGCCUACAUGUGUUCGCGUAGCAGCAGCCUACAUGUGUCAGUGUAGCAACGGUCUGCAUGUGUUCGCGUAACAGAAGCCAACAUGUGUCAGUGUAGCAGCAGCCUACAUGUGUCAGGAUAGCAGCAGCCUACAUGUGUUCGCGUAGCAGCAGCCUACAUGUGUCAGUGUAGCAACGGUCUGCAUGUGUUCGCGUAGCAGCAGCCAACAUGUGUCAGUGUAGCAGCAGCCUACAUGUGUCAGGAUAGCAGCAGCCAAUGUGUGUUGAGGUAGCAGCAGCCCACGUGUCAGUGUAGCAGCAGGCAACAUGGGUUCGCGUAGCAACAGCCUACAUGUGUUCGCGUAGCAACAGCCUACAUGUGUUCGCGUAGCAACAGCCUACACGUGUCCGCGAGUGUCAGUGUAGCAACGGUCUGCAUGUGUCCGUGUAGCAGCAGCCUACAUGUGUUCGCGUAGCAGCAGCCUACAUAUGUCUACUAGUGUCAGUGUAGCAACGGUCUGCAUGUGUUCGUGUAGCAGCAGCCUACAUGUGUCAGUGUAGCAGCAGCCUACAUGUGUCAGUGUAGCAACAGCCUACAUGUGUUCGCGUAGCAGCAGCCUUCAUGUGUCAGUGUAGCAGCAGCCUUCAUGUGUCAGGAUAGCAGCAGCCUACAUGUGUUGAGGUAGCAGCAGCACAUUUGUGUCAGUGUAGCAACAGCCUUCAUGUGUCAGUGUAGCAGCAGCCUACAUGUGUCAGCGCAGCAGCAGCCUACAUGUGUCAGCAUAGCAGCAGCCUAUCUGCUGAGUUGAGUCAGUGUGACAGGAACCCUCAGGCCAGUUUCUCAGUGGGUCGAUGGGUCAAAGUUACAACAGCUUUCCUGUGGGUGUGAUAUCAGCAGAAAUGUCAGAGUAGCAGCAGCUGACCUGUCAGUGUAUUAGUAGCAGCCGCAUUAGUGUGGUAGCGGUUCUCUCAAUGGCAGAUACAGGCUGACAUGUCAGAUUGUUCAUGAACGUGUGUUGUUGUGUCAGCAGCAGACCUGUGAGUGUAGCAGACAUUUACCUGCAGGUCUAAUGACAGCAGGUUUAUCAGUGUAGCAGCAGCUCACCUGUUGGUGUAGCAGCAACAACCUCUCUGUUCCAAAGCACUGGACAUGUUAGCAUUAAAGCUACUGACCUGCAGGUGUAACUACUGCACAGCAGGCACGUGUGUGUAGCAGCUGCUUACCUCCUGGUAGAAGAACAAGGGGGUAGCAGCAGUUCACCUGUUGGUGUAACAUACUGAAUAGUGUAGCAGCGACUUACCAGUUGGUGUUGCAGCAGCAGACAUAUAGGUGUAGCAGCUGCCUGCCUGUUGGUGUAAAAGCAGCAGUGAUGCUGAAGAAGCAGCAGCUGACCUGUUGGUCUGAGGGCGGCAGACUUAGGGUCGGAAGCAGUUCAUCUGCAGGUGCAAAGAAAGACCUUAUAUCAGUGUAGCAGCUGCCUACCUGUUGGUGUAAGGAUGAUGGUGUUUUCAGUGUUUCAGGUGCAGGUGUGUCAGUGUUUCAGGUGUGUCAGUGUUUCAGGUGCGGGUGUGUCAUUAGCACAGAUCCACAUCUGUUGUGGUUUUGUCUCAGGUGCAGGCCACCACCACCUCUGCCCAGCCAAUCAAAGUUCCUCAGUUUGUCCCUCCUCCUAGACUGACGCCUCGACCCACCUUUCAGCCACAGGUGCGUCUCUGUAAGACCCGCCUCCAAACCCUAACCCCCUCAGAUCAGUGUGUGUGGCCCACAAGAGGUGACUCGCUCGCUCUCCUGCAGGGGCCAGAAGUGCACCAAAGCAAACACUCAUGCCUUGCUCCGUGGCACUAAAACAUUGUUUGCUCUGUGCUGCCUCUACUCAUCUCCUCUCCUCCUGUUGUUGUUUUUUUGAUUUUCCGACUGACCUGUGAUCGGGUUGUUUUUAAGGUUUCCUGCCUGUGAAUGUGUGUGAGUGUGUGUGUGUGUGUGCGUGCGUGCGUGCGUGUGUGUGUGUGUGUGUUUACCUUUUGUGCUGAGGGCUUGUUUUCCUGCAGCUUCUUGGUAUUUUGUGUUCCUGGCUGUUGAUGUGUUUUAACCCUUUCAGUGGAAACAUGUUGUUGAUGUUGAUCUGUGCUGAGUAAUGCCACUGGGAGCUCUGGCUGCUCUGAUACAAGGACGACUGUUAGAGUCAGCAGCACAAGUAAGACGAGAAAGAGCAGCAGUACAAAGGACAUCCUCUGUGGGAGCAAAGACACGAUCUGUAGGUGUAGUCAUGGCUUUAACACGGAGUCGAUACCCAAGCUUAGGGUUAUUGUUAUAGUUUGGGUUACAAUGGUUGACAAAUGAAAAAAGGGACAAGGAAAGAGGAGAGCAGGGAGAGGAGCAGGAGCAGGCAGAAGAUUACAAUGUCUGAAAAGCAGAGGGACGGGGUAAAGUAUGAUGAGAGGGACCAGAGACACGACGAUAAGAAGCUAACAGUCUGGCAGGGCUUUUAUGACUUUGGCCCUCAGGCUUUGGACAGAGAGAUUACCAUUUAAAGGCCUGUCUCUAAUACAAGCCUGCUGCAUUUAAAGGCCUGACUCUAAUACAAGCCUGCUGCAUUUACAGGCCUGUCUCUAAUUGAAGCCUGUUGCAUUUAAAGGCCUGACUCUAAUACAAGCCUGCUGCAUUUAAAGGCCUGAUUCUAAUACAAGCCUGCUGCACUUAAAGGCCUGACUCUAAUACAAGCCUGCUGCAUUUAAAGGCCUGACUCUAAUACAAGCCUGCUGCAUUUAAAGGCCUGACUCUAAUACAAGCCUGCUGCAUUUAAAGGCCUGACUCUAAUACAAGCCUGCUGCAUUUAAAGGCCUGACUCUAAUACAAGCCUGCUGCUUUUAAAGGCCUGUCUCUAAUACAAGCCUGCUGCAUUUAAAGGCCUGACUCUAAUACAAGCCUGCUGCAUUUAAAGGCCUGACUCUAAUACAAGCCUGCUGCAUUUAAAGGCCUGACUCUAAUACAAGCCUGCUGCAUUUACAGGCCUGUCUCUAAUACAAGCCUGCUGCAUUUACAGGCCUGACUCUAAUACAAGCCUGCUGCAUUUAAAGGCCUGACUCUAAUACAAGCCUGCUGCAUUUAAAGGCCUGUCUCUAAUACAAGCCUGCUGCAUUUAAAGGCCUGACUCUAAUACAAGCCUGCUGCAUUUACAGGCCUGUCUCUAAUACAAGCCUGCUGCAUUUAAAGACCUGUCUCUAAUACAAGCCUGCUGCAUUUACAGGCCUGACUCUAAUACAAGCCUGCUGCAUUUACAGGCCUGAUUCUAAUACAAGCCUGCUGCAUUUAAAGGCCUGAUUCUAAUACAAGCCUGCUGCAUUUAAAGGCCUGUCUCUAAUUGAAGCCUGCUGCAUUUACAGGCCUGUCUCUAAUACAAGCCUGCUGCAUUUAAAGGCCUGAUUCUAAUACAAGCCUGCUGCAUUUAAAGGCCUGACUCUAAUACAAGCCUGCUGCAUUUACAGGCAAAGGGACCUAACAUAUGUUUGAGGAUUUAAACUAGUUGGAAAUAAGGACGAGUCGGCCUCUAUGAUGUGCUGACCGUCAUUUUACCUCCAUGGAAACCAAUGGGUGGUGUCACUGAGACUUCUUUAUGAAGUUUUUCUUCUUUGGGAGUUUGCAGCAUUGUUAAAAUCACAGAUGGCGUCCUGAACCUUCUUUGGUGUGUUAAAGUGAAGCAGCUGUUUAGCAAAGGGAGCGCUGGAAUCAUCAGCAGUAGUACUGUAAACGGUAGUACUUCGAGCAGUAUUACUAUAAAGUAGUAGUAGUAUCAGUAUUAGGUAGUAUCUUCAGUAUGAGUUAGCCGGAGGCAGAGCUCCACAGUGAUGUUACCUGGCAGUGUUUGGUCGUAUCUGUGCUGUUUUCUAAUUGGCUGUGUAUCGUUACCAGGUCAGGCCAAAAUUGGCCACACCCACCAACGUCCCCAUUGCCCCGGCCCCUCCCCCUCCCAUGAUGGCUGCCCCCCAGCUGCUCCAGAGGCCGGUCAUGUUGGCCACCAAGCUGUCGUCCUCGCUGUCCUCCGCGGCGCCCAUCCACCAGGUUCGCAUCGUGAACGGACAGCCGUGUAGUAAGACCGGCUCCACCCCGCUGACCGGCAUCGUCAUCACCACGCCGGUCUCUGCGAGCCCCACCCACCUCGCCAGCCCUGCCCAGGCACCCAACCCCACCCCCAUCCUUACCACGACUCCUGCUCAGCCGAUCCAGAUCAGCAGCCUGAACACUGAGCCCAAGGUAAGAAGGUUCCUGAGUCUUCAGGGUCUCCAGGCAUGAACAUUUGAACUCUGAGGGCAGGUGAUGGAGGUGAACUCAGAUUAGAGUCUUCAGAUUAAAAUCAGACUUCUAAACUCAGAUAAGAGUUCUCAGAUUAGAGUCAUAGUCCUGAACUCAGAUUAGAGUUCUCGAAUUACAGUGAGACUUCGUAACUCAGAUUAGAGUCAGAUUCCUGAACUCAGAUUAAUGUCCUGAACUCAGAUUAGAGUCUUCAGAUUAAUAUCAGACUUCUAAACUCAGAUUAGAGUCAAAUUCCUGAACUCAGAUUAAAGGUCUCAGACUAAAGUCAGACUCCUGAGCUCAGAUUAGAGGUCUCGGAUUAAGAGCUCUUGAAUUACAGUGAGACUUCGUAACUCAGAUUAGAGUCAGAUUCCUGAACUCAGAAUAAGGUCAGACUCUUUAAUUUAGAUUAGAGUUUUCAGAUUAAAAUCAGACUUCUAAACUCAGAUAAGAGUUCUCAGAUUAGAGUCAGAUUCCUGAACUCAGAUUAAUGUCCUGAACUCAGAUUAGAGUCUUCAGAUUAAAAUCAGACUUCUAAACUCAGAUUAGAGUCAAAUUCCUGAACUCAGAUUAAAGGUCUCAGACUAAAGUCAGACUCCUGAGCUCAGAUUAGAGGUCUCGGAUUAAGAGUUCUCGAAUUACAGUGAGACUUCGUAACUCAGAUUAGAGUCAGAUUCCUGAACUCAGAUUAGAGUUUUCAGAUUAAAGUCAGACCUCAGGGAUUUGAGGACCACCAUCACUCUCCUGUGUUUUAUCGUCUAACUGACAGUCAUUGAGCUUCCUCUCCUCCUUCUCCUCCUUCUCCUCCUCUUCCUCCUCCUCUCAGCAGACUGUUAAACCAGGAGGAGGAGCAGAGCAGAAGGCCAUCGUCAGCCUCCCCUCUUCCUCCACUCCCCCGUUGUCUCCUCCUCCUCCUCCUCCUCCCAGACCCAAGAAAGAGGAGAACCCAGAGGUAGAGCAGGCAGACACUGACACACUCAGACAGACUGUCGGUCAGGUUUGGGAUUAUUAAUCUGUGUUUUUAUUUAAUCUCCUUCAGAAACUGGCCUUCAUGGUGUCUCUGGGCCUGGUCACACACGACCACUUAGAAGGUGAGUUCUUCAUCCUCUCCACUCUCUGUUUGCUCUGAUUCUGCUGCAGCUGCUCUCACCGUCUCUGCGUGAACUUGUUCUUGUUUUCAGAAAUCCAGAGCAAACGACAGGAGAGGAAGAGGAGAACGACAGCCAACCCCGUCUACAGCGGAGCCGUGUUUGAACCCGAGGUGAGUUUCAUUUUACUGCUCCAAACUCAGAGGAGGUUUUUCUUCAGGGUCUGAUGAUCCUUCAUUGAGGUCAGAGGUCUCCUUCUUCAGGAACACCUAAACAAACGAACGGUCCGACUCAAACAGACAAGACCGAGUCUCCGGCUUCAAAACCGACUGCUCUCAGAAUCCUGACUUCAGGUUUCUCUCCUCCUCCUCCUCCUCCUCCUCCUUCUCUCCAUUCACACGUUUCUCCUCUUCUUCUUCUCUUGUGUUUCAGAGGAAAAAGAGCGCAGUGAGUUACCUGAACAGCCCUCUGCACCAGGGGACCAGGAAGAGAGGUCCGUAUGAAACACUGACCCACAGGCCUCAGAGCCAGACUACAGACAGGUGGACAGGUGGACAGGUGGACAGGUGGACAGGUGGACAGGUGGACAGGUGGUCCAGUGAAGACAGACAGAUAGGAUGAGAAACAUGAGAACAGAUGAUCGACAGCAGAGAUCCUGUAGAAACAGAAAAGUCGAGACUAAUGUGUAACUCUGUACUAACAACUCGCUGUAACACCAGCCCUCCUCCUGCUCCUGCUCCUGCUCCUCCUCCUCUUCUUCUUCUUCUUCUUCUCCUUCUCCUUCUCCCUCCCUCUGCUCCUGUUUCCUGUCGCUUCACUCGGGUUUAAAGCUGAUUUAUACGUCUUCUCCUCAGAGAUGAAAAUCCAGCUCAGAGGUUUACAGAGAGUGUGUGUGUGUGUGUGUGUGUGUGUGUGUGUGUGUGUGUGUGUGAGAGAGAGUUUGCAGCCUGAGCUGAACUCUGACUCUGUCACACCUGGAUGAAGAGGUCUAAAUCUGCUUUUCACACCUGAAGAGUCAAAGGAGCGACUUUAAGGAGUAAACGUGUAAAAGAAAAGAAACUUAAAAACAAACAAAAGACUGAAUAAAUCAACUGAUAAAAUAUCCUUAAAUGUAAAAAACACACGAGAUAAAUGUAAUAAGAGUUUCAAAUGUACUUUUAUUUAUUAUAAAAUCUUCUAUAAAUGAAAUAAAUUUAGUGUCAAAGAUUUCAACCUGAAUAAAAAAAGGGAAAAAUGAGAAAAUGAAUCGAUUUAAAAUAUCCAGAAAAACAAACAUGAGCAGGAGUGAAAAAUGAUAAUUGUAAUUUUAGAGUUUAAACAGUUAGAAACAAACUUUAUUUACAUCUGUAAAUCGAAUACUUUCUGUAUCUAAAGUUUUUGUAAAGAAAACUUCAUUUUAACAAAAAAACACAUUUUUUAAAAUUUGCACAAACAGUGAAAACUUCUCAUUUGUUUGUUUUUUUACUUCUUAAACUUUUAAAAGUUUCUACAGGAUUAAAACUGAGGAUGUCGCUCCUUUGACUCUGUAGUUCUCUUGUAGGAGCUGGUGAAAGGUAUUCUGGGAAGUGUAGGCAGAAACUGUCGGCUAAGGUGAUUUCACAGGAUAAUAGAGACCUGAGACACGUGAGUUUGUCUCUGUUAAAGUAGGACAGGUGAGAAGUGAAGGACAGGUGUGUCUGCUAACAGGACUGACUCUAAUAACUUCAAACUCCUUAAAGCACUAAAACUGAACGACGGCAGCAGCUUCUGUUUCACCAGGUCACUCUGUGUUUACUGACUAACUGAACAAGUUUCACUCUUUCAUUUCUCUUCAUGUAACGAGAAUAUGAAGCCAUGAAAACUCAACAGUGUCAGAUUUCACCUCGUCAGGAGCCUGAAUGAAGUUUCAGGUCAUUAAAAGGUCCGAGCUUCAGUCAGAGACACCGAGGUCAAGGUUUCAGCAGGUCCAACACCCUGAGAGGGUUUUCAUCCGUCUGAGUCCUGAUCAAGGACCUGAGAUGGAUCCAGAUCUGCAUUUCCAAGUGGUCUGCAGAGAGACAAGGGUCCCCCAGCCCCGUGUAAAAACAGUCCUGACUCUUUUAGUCUGUGGAGAAGCUUUUGUGUUUCACCGCCAUCUCUGAAACUCUCAGUAAGCGUGUUUACGCUGAGGUCCCAGAAACUCCUCAUGAUGUUUCUAAAAAUGAAGAUAACCUUCAUGGCGUCCGUCGAACUCCGAGUUCUGGAGACUGUCAUCAUCGGUCCUUCAGUCUGUGAAUUAGACUUUGUUCACACUGAUGUUUUAACCAUCUGUGACUCAUCUCUGAUGUUUUCAUCUAAGUGUGAACAGGUCAGUUCUGAUUGGUUCUGAUCCGACCCUCUUCUGUAUGUGGAUAUAAAUCAGAUAUGUAUCCGAUGUGACUGCAGUGUGACGCUCAGGUCGAGUUCAUCCGACCUUUACGUCAUCAAUAUGAGACAAACGUCACCGUUGUUCGACAACACAAACAGGCGCAGAAAUCAACGGCGGACGAGGGAACGGAGAACGUUGUGCGUAUGAGGGUCACUUCACAGACGCAUUCGUUGUUGUAACGUGAACGAGCGCACAAAAAGAUCGGAUUUAACGAAACAACCGAAUUGUGCAUCAGAACCUGCAGAGUGAUUGAGACUAAUAGACAUCUGUUAAGAUGGAGGACGCCCUUAUUGAAGGCUGUCCCUGUGCAUUGUGGGAAAUGUAGUAUUCUGUGUUGAGGGGAGUGUUGAACUCCUCCUUUCUGAAGCAUGGACUCCCUGAACUCAGGAGGAUCAAUAAGUGGAUCAGGUCUAAAGACCUGGGUGUCUCUGACUCCAGCCUGCGGUUGACCUCACCUGCACAGGUGAACUCUGACACUGGUCCGUGUGAUGACUGCAGUAGGUUGUUGUGGUGCUCGGCUGCAGCUUGCACGGAGCCAGUCUCCUGCACUAACACUGCUGUCUGUGCUUCUGACUCCUCCUCCUCCUCCUCUUCCUCUUCCUCCUCCUCUUCCUCCCUUACCGCUCCCCUGUCUCAUGCUAGCCAACGAAGACUCCCUUUCCAAGGUAUGUCAUACAGACUGUUUGUUUUUGCUUUCUUCCCCCCUCUCCAUCUUUCUUUUUUUUCUUUGUUUUCCGUCUUUGUUGUCUGUCUCAUUUCACCCAGGUCGCCCACCCAAAUACAGCAGCGUCUCCGAGCUGGGCAGCCUCACCCCGACCUCCCCCUCCAGCCCCGUCCAUCCCCUCCCCCUGCCCAGCCCCAGCUCUGGGGAUGUAAGUAACGAUGGGGGAGACGGUGACAGUUCAGAGGGUCGGGAGCCCCGUCACACACAGUCCUAUUGGCCCAGUAGCUCUGUCAAUCAUUACACCCUGAGACCUCCACAAACACGUCCAUUAAUUUGUUGUCUCCAUGUGAUAAUCAUCAGUCAUCAUUGAUUUUUACUUUGAUUCAGCCUUACAAAGUGAACAGCAUCCAUGAACAGAAAUAACCUCCAGGGGGCCCUCAAGAGCAAACGUGCUGCCAGGGAGACAGGCUCCGAAAUCAAGAACUGGACAACUUCAGAGUAAACAGACCGACAACAGACCGACAACUUCAGAGUAAACAGACCGACAACUUCAGAGUAAACAGACCGACAACUUCAGAGUAAACAGACCGACAACUUCAGAGUAAACAGACCGACAACUUCAACAGACCGACAACAGACCGACAACUUCAGAGUAAACAGACCGACAACUUCAGAGUAAACAGACCGACAACUUCAGAAUAAACAGACCGACAACUUCAGAGUAAACAGGCCGACAACUUCAGAAUAAACAGGCCGACAACAGGCCGACAACUUCAGAGUAAACAGACCGACAACUUCAGAGUAAACAGACCGACAACUUCAGAAUAAACAGACCGACAACUUCAGAGUAAACAGACCGACAACAGACCGACAACUUCAGAUUAAACAGGCCGACAACUUCAGAGUAAACAGACCAACAACUUCAGACACCGACAACUUCAGAGACCGACAACUUCAGAGUAAACAGACCGACAACUUCAGAGUAAACAGACUGACAACUUCAGAGUAAACAGACCGACAACAGGCCGACAACUUCAGAGUAAACAGGCCGACAACUUCAGAGUAAACAGACCGACAACUUCAGAGUAAACAGACCGACAACUUCAGAGUGAACAGACCGACAACUUCAGAGUAAACAGGCCGACAACUUCAGAGACCGACAACUUCAGAGUAGACAGACCCACAACUUGAGAGUAAACAGACCAACAACUUCAGAGUAAACAGACCCACAACUUCAGAGUAAACAGACCAACAACUUCAGAGUAAACAGGCUGACAACUUCAGAGACCGACAACUUCAGAGUAAACAGACCGACAACUUCAGAGUAAACAGACUGACAACUUCAGAGUAAACAGACCGACAACUUCAGAGUAAACAGAUCGACAACUUCAGAGUAAACAGGCCGACAACAGACCGACAACAGGCCGACAACUUCAGAGUAAACAGACCGACAUCUUCAGAGUAAACAGACCGACAACAGACCGACAACUUCAGAGUAAACAGACCAACAACUUCAGAGUAAACAGGCCGACAACUUCAGAGUAAACAGACCGACAACAGGCCGACAACUUCAGAGUAAACAGGCCGACAACUUCAGAGUAAACAGGCCGACAACAGGCCGACAACUUCAGAGUAAACAGACCGACAACUUCAGAGUAAACAGACCGACAACUUCAGAGUAAACAGGCCGACAACUUCAGAGUAAACAGACCGACAACUUCAGAGUAAACAGGCCGACAACUUCAGAGUAAACAGACCGACAACAGGCCGACAACUUCAGAGUAAACAGACCGACAACUUCAGAGUAAACAGGCCGACAACUUCAGAGUAAACAGGCCGACAACUUCAGAGUAAACAGACCGACAACUUCAGAGUAAACAGACCGACAACAGGCCGACAACUUCAGAGUAAACAGACCGACAACUUCAGAGUAAACAGACCGACAACUUCAGAGUAAACAGACCGACAACUUCAGAGUAAACAGACAGACAACUUCAGAGUAAACAGACCGACAACUUCAGAGUAAACAGGCCGACAACUUCAGAGUAAACAGACCGACAACAGGCCGACAACUUCAGAGUAAACAGGCCGACAACUUCAGAGUAAACAGACCGACAACUUCAGAGUAAACAGACAAACAACUUCAGAGUAAACAGGCCGACAACUUCAGAGUAAACAGGCCGACAACUUCAGAGUAAACAGGCCGACGACUUCAGAGUAAACAGACCGACAACAGACCGACAACUUCAGAGUAAACAGACCGACAACUUCAGAGUAAACAGACAAACAACUUCAGAGUAAACAGACCGACAACUUCAGAGUAAACAGGCCGACAACUUCAGAGUAAACAGACCGACGACUUCAGAGUAAACAGACAAACAACUUCAGAGUAAACAGACCGACAACUUCAGAGUAAACAGACAAACAACUUCAGAGUAAACAGGCCGACAACUUCAGAGUAAACAGGCCGACAACUUCAGAGUAAACAGACCGACAACAGACCGACAACUUCAGAGUAAACAGACCGACAACUUCAGAGUAAACAGACAAACAACUUCAGAGUAAACAGACCGACGACUUCAGAGUAAACAGACCGACAACAGACCGACAACUUCAGAGUAAACAGACCGACAACUUCAGAGUAAACAGACAAACAACUUCAGAGUAAACAGACCGACAACUUCAGAGUAAACAGGCCGACAACUUCAGAGUAAACAGACCGACGACUUCAGAGUAAACAGACAAACAACUUCAGAGUAAACAGACUGACAACUUCAGAGUAAACAGACUGACAACUUCAGAGUAAACAGACCGACAACUUCAGAGUAAACAGACCGACAACUUCAGAGUAAACAGACCGACAACUUCAGAGUAAACAGACCGACAACUUCAGAGUAAACAGACCGACAACUUCAGAGUAAACAGACCGACAACAGACCGACAACUUCAGAGUAAACAGACCGACAACUUCAGAGUAAACAGGCCGACAACUUCAGAGUAAACAGACAUGACAAUAGACCGACAACUUCAGAGUAAACAGACUGACAACUUCAGAGUAAACAGACUGACAACUUCAGAGUAAACAGACCGACAACUUCAGAGUAAACAGGCCGACAACUUCAGAGUAAACAGACCGACAACUUCAGAGUAAACAGGCCGACAACUUCAGAGUAAACAGACCGACAACUUCAGAGUAAACAGACCGACAACUUCAGAGUAAACAGACCGACAACAGGCUGACAACUUCAGAGUAAACAGACCGACAACUUCAGAGUAAACAGGCCGACAACUUCAGAGUAAACAGGCCGACAACUUCAGAGUAAACAGACCGACAACUUCAGAGUAAACAGACCGACAACUUCAGAGUAAACAGGCCGACAACUUCAGAGUAGACAGCUGGACAAAGCUGCAAACGAAGUGAAAAAACACAAACACAGAUUUAACAGGGAAAUGCUGCCCAUCAGGAAGAAGUGCUCCAGGCCUGCAAAGGGCGCUACACUUUGCGUAGGCCUGUGAAAGUGGAUUCUUUGUGAUCUGUUCAUGAAGUAGUUUUAAGUUUUCUGAAUUUGCAGCCUGUCUCUCCGGUUGGAGGUUUUGCAGACCGUUGCAGCAGUUUGCUCUUCUCAGCCGCUUUAAUAACCACUACUCAGACACAUUUUAACUCCCAAAUAUGAAGUAACUUCUCCUCUGUGGGCUCAGUCUAUUAACACACAUGUCCAGUAGACUGUAGAACCAAUCCAGCUGUGAACUAAACCGAACCCGAUCACGGUUCCUCCCCGCCUCGCCUCUCCUCAGGUGGUUGGUGGGGCUCAGUUGGGCAGGGAAACUGAUUGGUCCAAUUCUUCCUCACAGGGAGACAUCCAUGAGGAUUUCUGCACUGUGUGCAGACGCAGUGGCCAGUUGCUCAUGUGCGACACGUGUUCUCGUGUUUAUCACCUGGACUGCCUGGAUCCACCCCUGAAAACCAUUCCUAAAGGCAUGUGGAUCUGUCCAAAAUGUCAAGAUCAGGUAACCGCAGCAGCAGCCGUGUCUGAUCCUGAGUCAGGGGGAAGGGGGUACCGCAGUCCAGAGAGGGUCCAUUAAGGGGGCCGGUAGAUGUACUUGACUGUAGAAUCUCUCCUGAUGAACUUUGAGACUGUUCAAGCCUUUGUAAGCGUAAACAUGAUGCAGAGUUGUUUUUUUGUGCUUCUGUCUCAUUCAUUGUGUCAGCACAGAUCUGCAUCUCACAUCCAUUCACUCCAUUACCUGUCCCUUUUUUCAGCCUCACCACAAGGUGGCGCUAAACUUAAUCUCCCUUCAGUCUUCUCUGAGUCUCAGCCCAUGUGACAACUCUGAGCUUCUGUCCCCAGAUCCUGAAAAAAGAAGAAGCCAUCCCCUGGCCCGGUACCCUGGCUAUAGUUCAUUCCUACAUCGCUUACAAAGAAGGUGACGGUGGAUUGUUUCCUUUACUCACAAGCUGCAGGCAGCGCAACGCCGAGAUUAACGCUCUGGUUUUCUUGUUCUGUUCUGCAGCUAAAGAGGAAGAGAAACAGAAGCUGAUGAAAUGGAGUUCAGAGCUGAAACUGGAGCGAGAGCAGCUGGAACAGAGAGUCAAACAGCUCAGCAACUCCAUAACAGUAAGAGACAUAACAGAGAUCCCAACAGAAAACAUUUCUACACCGACAAAAACCACGUCUGAAGUCAGACGACGCAGCGGGGUUGAAACGUGAACUGGCUGCUUCUCGUGUCAUCCAGCUCUGAGUUAAUCCAAAGAAAAGAGACGUGCACAACACUGAACAUGAGAGCUGGAAGCAGAACUGAGAGACCCUGCAGCUUCAGGCACGACGGGGUCUGGAGCAGCUGCAGAGCUUGUUGUCCCUGUGUGAACAGUGUAGUGUGAGCAAAGUUUACCUGCGCCCCCAUCAAAACAAAUCUAAAGUAUUCUCUGAGAGAGGAGGGAGGUACAUGUGAUGACACACAGUAACAGCCUUUCUGGGGGUCUUGAAGGAGACACCUGCCCCCAAAGCGAUUAUCAUCUGUUGGCUUCGUUGAAACUUCAGAACAGAAAAACAGAAGAAGCUUUUUCUUUUCAUCGGUCCGUGCAUGUCCAGUGGAAAGAACAAAAAUGCAAGAAAAUCUUAGAUUGAAAGUUAAUUCCUCACAAAGUAUCUUUGAUCGUUUCUUGAAUAUCAUCUGCUGUCCGGCGUCACAUCUAACUCCGUUGUCUUUCUUCCAUCAGAAAUGCAUGGAGACCAAAAAUACCAUCCUGGCUCGCCAGAAAGAGAUGCAGAUGUCCCUGGACAAAGUCAAACACCUGAUUCGCCUCAUCCAAGCCUUCAAUUUCAACAAAGCUCUGGCAGAGUCAGACGGUAAGGACGUCAGUGCCAGAGUCCAGGACAGAGCUGAGGGUGCAGUCGGCUCUGAAGCUGCAUCAGAGGACAACUCUGCAGAGAAAGUAAAAGAUGGCGGCUCCUCAGCCAGCAGCAACACUGACGAAAACGACAAACCGGAGGAGCACGGAGCCGCAGGGAACAACCAGACUACAGGAGCAACAGGAGGAGACGCCAAGAGCCAGGCUGUGCUAGAAGGCAGCACAGUCCCAAUAACAGAUAACAGUCCUGCUGUGGGUGCAGGGGCCGGACUCCAGCCCCCACCAGUCAGGGUGGGGGCUGGAGUCCGGUCGGGGGCUGACACAGGGACUGGUGUCCAGGCAGAGGUUGUAGCCAAGCCUGACACUGAGGCAGCUCCAGUUGUUGACAUUCCCGCUCCCUUAGUGGUUGCGACUGUUGCCACAACCAACGGUACGACCGAACCCGCUUGUCCUGACCACAGCCCAGCAGGAGGCUGCACCACCAACACCACCACCAACUCUGAGAACAAGAAGGCUGCCGUCAACCCUCCAGAGACAGGGGUGGAGAAGAAACAGGAGGAGAUCAUUGACAGUGAUGGCAGCAGCAGCAACAACAACAACAACAACAGCAAAACCUCAGAACCCUCCCAGCAUUCUUUGCCAGCUCUUGUCAGCAGUUUGGACAAUAAAAAGUAA